AUGGGACGUCUCGCACUAUGCAUCGGCGGCCACGAUGCAGGACCUGAAGCCUUCACUCGUUCAUGCUCUGGCCGCACCGCGCUAACGCUUCACCAGCUGCGCGCAAAAUCCGUCUCUUUCGUGGACACGGUUCAUGCAGGAGAGCCCUACCACCAGAGCCAAAAUGGCUACUGGGACGAGUAUGGGCAAUGGGUCGCCGAGGCAGAGAAGGAAGCCCAGGCUGACGCGGAGGCUGAGAACCUCAACACCCAGCGGGAACUGGCCCUGGCAGAUCCGGCAUCGGUGGUUGAGAUCGCAAGUCAGAAGGCUGGCAAAGCGAUCACACGUGCAGAGAACAACUCAGCUGAUGCACAGGUCUUGCACAUGCGGCUGCACGCGCAGAAGGCAACCAACCUGGUGCGCUACUUCCGGGACGAGCUGCGAGAACUUAUGCGACGGCGUAGCACUGCUGGCCUCAAGCGGCAACUUGACAGCCUGGAUCAGUACUUGGACACCCUCAAGACCUGUGAACAUCACAAUUCUGGGCGGUGCAACAAAUUGAGCAAGAGGGCCUUGAGCGGCCUUGGCCAUGAUGCCAGUGCCGCUGCUCAUGCGGUUGAACAGCUGAUUCAGACGAGUCGGAAUGCAAAGCGGCGUACUUUCCCAAUCCUGGACCUUCUGCGCACGGGGAUUGGGCCGGCUCCAGACCAACUAGAUGCACUCGAUGCGCCGACUCCGCCCGACUACGUUCCACCUCCGGGACCUGUCCCAGGAACUGCCGCGGGCUGUAAUUGUGCUCCGCAUUCGCAUUGUGCCGGGCGUGGUCGGGAAUUUCCAUGGUGCAAGGUAAACCGAACGGAGCCUUGCUCACUGCUCUCUGAGAGGUCCUUCGUGGACGCAUCUGGAGCGGACCAUCGAGUUGCUGGCUCCGGACAACCACCUGCCGUCUGGGACUAUUGUGGUAUCACGAUGAUCCAGACUUCUGGGACAAGGACGGGAAGUUCAACUGGAACAAGGAUGAUCUGGACGAGGCGAGGCCAGAAGGAACGGAGUGGGCGCGCACACGCACCUGGGACUUUUGCGUCCCUGCAGCACCUGAAGAGAAAAUCAAGGUCUUGCAAGAGCUGGCUCAGGAGAAUCAGAUUGAAAGCCAAGCGAGCGGGGUGGAGAUGCAGGACCAAGAGACCUUCCGUAAGCCCUUCGAAAAGGAUCCUGCAACCGAGACUCAGGAAGUGGCUCUGCAGCAGCAAGACUACAGUCAGCAGCCUGCUUAUGACAACGGAUUCGGUGGACCGGCUUUUCAACAAGGGUUUGGCCUAUCUUUUCUUUCAGCAGCGCUUCUGGGAGUGCUCCCCUGGGUCGGCCGACCAGAUCACAAGAGCGAUUAU